AUGACUAUGCCGGUCCUGUCGCCACCCCUCGCCGCGUACCCGGCCGCGCCGCCAGCCCUUCCCGGCCAGGGACCGCCCGCUCCGCCCCCGGCCUCACCGCCGCCGCCACCGUGGGCGUCCUGGCCGCCGACCCCCAGCCCGGGCCCCGCCCCGCUGCCCCAGGGGGUGGCCAUCCAGCGGGUCCAGUUCCCGCCAUCGCCCUCCCGACUCCCGGCCUGGGUGACCGCGACGGAGCCCCCGCCGAUCCACUCGGCCGCACCGGCGCCAUCCCCCGUCUACACCACCGCCGGGGACCCCCCGCGCCCGUCCUUCCCGGACCCGCCGCCUGCCCGCUUCGCCGAGCCGUCCGCUGGUCGCGCGGAGUACCCCGCCCAGGGCGCCACCGGCUUCGCUCCCCCACGCUACGCCAAGCUGGAAUUCGCCACAUACGACGGCGUCGAGGACCCCCUCAACUGGCUCAACCAGUGCGAGCAGUUCUUCCGGGGACAGCGUACCCUGGCUUCGGACCGGACGUGGCUCGCCUCGUACCACCUCCGCGGCGCCGCCCAGACGUGGUACUACUCCCUGGAGCAGGACGAGGUAGGCAUGCCUCCAUGGGAACGGUUCCGUGAGCUCUGCCUUCUCCGCUUCGGCCCUCCAGUCCGCGGCAGCCGCUUGGCGGAACUUGGGCGUUUGGUGUUCACCACCACGGUGCAGGACUUCGCCGACCGCUUCCAGGCCCUCGCAUGCCAUGCGCCCGACGUGACGGGCCAACAGCGCGCCGAGCUCUUCAUUGGCGGCCUCCCGGACCAUAUCCGCGUGGAUACCGUCGACGUAGAGGAGGGCGAUCCGAUGACCGGGCCGGUUGCCGCGGCAUCCGAGAUGGCCGGGCCGACCGAUGCAGCUGCCACGGCCUUCGUCGUGUCCCUCCACGCGCUCGCCGGCAUCCGCCACGAGCGGACGAUGCUGCUUCCGAUCACUAUCCAGGGCGAGCCUCUGGUGGCGCUACUGGACACGGGGUCUACGCAUAACUUUCUUCCCGCCGCCACUAUGCGCCGCCUCGCGCUAUAG